CUAGUCUUCACUUAGUUUCCAAGAUCACCUACCUGUCCUUCCUCUUUAUAUUUGCACCCAUCUCUCUCUCUCUCUCUCUCUCUCUCUCUCUCUCUGUUUAACUCGAUAAACAAUUCCGAGAAAUAACACUCCUUUCUUGCUCAUUCCCCGUCUCAGUCUCCGUAUCUCAUCCUCUUUCGUAUCUAUCGAUCUUCUUAUUUACCCUUUUUUUAUUAUAUCUCUAACAUCUUUCCAAGCAAAUAUCCUACCAAUUUCACCAUACCUACCCAAAAUAGAGAUUAAAAUAUAACCAAAACCAAUCCCUACUCUCGAAAAACAUGAAAGGUGAGUAUGUAGAGCCACACCACCCACCAAAGCAUGAAAACGUCACCCCUAUGAACAUGUUCUCCAAACUUCACCCCCACCACCACCACCACCACCACCACCAUCUUCCCUUCACUCAGCACUUCCAACUCUCUCGUGAAUCUGAGGACGAUGACACUAGAAGCACCGGUGCUGCCGUCGUAACCACCCCUUCCCCCAACACUACCCCGACCACCACCACGCCAACCCAGAAACAGAAACCCACCGAACCCAAUAGUAGUGCUGGCACUGAUGGUGCCACUAUCGAAGUUGUUCGCCGGCCCAGAGGCAGACCGCCUGGUUCCAAGAAUAAACCUAGACCACCUGUUAUCAUUGCACGCGACGCUGAACCAGCUAUGAGUCCUUACAUUCUCGAAGUCCCUGGUGGAAGCGACGUCGUUGAAGCGAUAUCCAGCUUUUGCCGCCGCAAGAACAUCGGUAUCUGCGUUCUUUCAGGAUCAGGCGCCGUUGCUAACGUCACUCUUCGUCAGCCGUCGACUCCUCCCGGGUCUACCAUUACUUUCCAUGGUAGCUUCGACAUUUUAUCGAUCUCUGCUACUUUUUUGCCCCAAGCGGUGUCGUAUCCAGUACCCAACACUUUCACUAUCUCUUUGGCGGGUCCUCAGGGCCAGAUCGUGGGUGGGUUUGUUGCUGGCAGCUUGGUAGCAGUUGGUGCUGUGUAUGUCAUCGCGGCGACGUUUAAUAACCCGAGUUAUCACCGGUUACCUGGUGAAGAUGAAGGGAGAAAUUCUGGGUCAGGCGGUGGUGGCGAGGGUCACUCUCCAUCUGUGUCCGGUGCCGGUGCAGGCGGAGGAGAUAGUGGACACACACAAGGUGGAGGCGAGUCGUGUGGGAUGGCUAUGUACAGUAGUCAUUCGCCGUCUGAUGUAAUCUGGGCACCCACUGCUAGGCCACCACUUCCUCCACCGCCCUUCUAAAGGAGAGAUGUAUUAAAGUUACUGUGAAUUUGUAGAUUUUUUUUCUUUGAAAGAAAAAAACCUUUGGGCGUUGCUUUUAUUUAUCAUCCUCAUUAUUGCUGUUUAAUUUUAUGUUUUCGGUGUUAAUGUAACGUUGUAGUGAUUCUAGCUUGGAGGAACAGUGUAUUUUUUUGGAAAAAUAUAUAUAUUUUCGUAUUAAUUAAUUUUAAA